AUAAAAAUAUACCAACUGCUACCAACAAAUCUAAUACUAAUAAUGAAGAUAGUUUCAUGGAAUAUAAAUGGGAUUCGAGCUUCAAAAACAAAUCUGAAAACACUAAUUGAAGAUAUCGGAAGCGAUGUUAUGUGUUUUCAAGAGACCAAAGUGACUAGGGAUAUGCUAGAUGAACCUACAGCAAUCUUGGAUGGAUACAAUUCCUACUUCAGCUUUUCAAGGAAAAGAAGUGGAUAUUCAGGUGUGGCCAAUUAUUGCAAAGACUCUGCAACCCCCGUCAAGGCAGAAGAAGGUCUCUCAGGAGGUCUGACCACCAACAAAAAUGGGUCUAUUGGUUGCUAUGGCAACCAGACAUCUUUUCUUGAGGAUGAACUGAAAGAUUUGGAUGCUGAAGGUCGCACAAUCAUUACUCAGCAUAGGGUCAGGUUUCCAAGUGGAGAGGAGAAAGACCUGGCCAUCAUUAACGUGUACUGUCCGCGGUUUGACCCAGACCGGGAGGACAGGCAUCAGUACAAACUGCGCUUCUUUGCACUGCUACAGACCAGGUCCGAGGCUAUACUAGCAAGUGGCAGUCAUGUGAUCAUACUAGGGGAUAUCAACACCACGCAUCGACAGCUCGACAGAUGUGAUGAAGAAGACAAUGAGUCACACAAGCGUCCGAGUCGACUAUGGUUAAAUCAGAUGCUGUAUGAUAAAGGUCGUGACCCUAAAUUAGAGACUGACCUUGACCCUCAAGAGUUCAUUGCUAUUACUCCACACAUUGUUGGGGGCAAAUUCAUGGACAGUUUCCGGCAUUUCUACCCUGAAAAGGAGGGUUGUUUCUCCAAUUGGUGCACACUGACCAACGCACGCUCUACCAACUAUGGCCGCAGGUUGGACUAUAUCCUCACAGACGUGGAAUUGUCAGAGCAGUGUCUGAAAUCUGCCAGCAUUCUGGCUCACAUAGAGGGGUCAGAUCACUGCCCUGUCACUGUGGAGCUGACCUGUGAAUUCAUACCCGCAAAAACCUGCCCACCUCUGUGUACAAAGUUCAUGCCGGAAUUUAGCGGUAAACAACAGAAAUUAUCUACUUUUUUUACGAAAUUGAUUAAACAUGACACAAUAACAAUAAAUAAUGAGAGUGUUCAAGAUGCUUUCAAAGGAACUGAUGUUAGUAAAGGUGUGAAAAGGUCGCCACAGAAGAUUCAGUCACAGCCAUUGAAGAAACAAAAGACACUUGAAGUAAAGAAAGGCAGCCAGGGAAAACAAGGUGACCUCAUGUCAUUUUUUAAAGGACCAGGUUCCAAGUCAGACACAACUGUAAACUCUUCUCAAGUAAAUGAUACGAAAAACAUUGUUACAGAUCCCAAAUCAAAUUCAUUCUCAUUGAGUGUGACAGUUGAAGAGGCUAGAAUUAAAACAAAAACAGAUCUCUUGUCAACUAGUAAAUACUUUACUGGUGAUCCAAAUAGUGCUGAGAUUGUGUCCAACAAUGAACUUGAAAAUGAAGAGCUGGUAACAAAUAUUGUAAAUGACAAUAAAAGCUCGACAACCAAUGCUUGGAAAAACAUUCUAGGUGGACUAGGCCCAGCCCCAUUGUGCAAGGGCCACAAAGAACCAUGUGUGUUGAGAAUGGUGAAAAAGCCAGGGCCUAAUAAAGGAAAGCAAUUUUACGCAUGUGCUAGGGGCGAGGGACUGAAAACUAAUCCAGAAGCAAGGUGCGAGACAUUCCAGUGGGUUGUGAAAAAGAAACUCUGAAUAAGUGGAUAUCAUUGCAUGAUAAUAAAAACUUUAACCUGGGAUCAUAAACUUUGCAUGCAUUUCUUGUAACUAAGCUGCUAAUGUUUUUUUUGCGUUUAUUGAUAUUUAAGUAAAAUAAAACCUUUGCAUAUAAGAGUAUUGUCUAUGGUUUUAUGUAACAAUAUGAAUAUGUUUUAUUGAAUGAAUUACCUGGGCAAAUGCGAUGCAGUCAAGAGAUAUUAAAUCCAUUAAUAUAACUGAACAACGAUUGUGGUUAGGAAAAUAGCUAUUAAAGUUCCUGGUCAAUUGCAAACUUUUGGAUACCUAUAUAUUGUAAUGGAGGCUCAUUGUGUUUACACAUAUAAACAAGUUUGUGUGUUUCGACGUCCUUAUUUGUUGGUGACUUGUGUAAAAAUAAUUCACACGCACGGCUUGGAAUUGCAGACGAAAUAUUGGAGUUGUGUAAAAUUAAUAUAGCGUCGUGUAACCGGUAAACUGUAAAAUCUAUUUAUUUUAAAUAAAGUUAAGUGGAUAUUUAAAAUCCGUAAUUGAUUGAGAAAAAAAUAUGCAGUUUGAUAUCAUAUACAAACUUACAAAUCUGAGGAAAAAAUAUUCUCUUUAUAUUUUCAGCUCUUAGUUGUGUCAAUACAGCAUUGAAUGUAUUGAAUUCAUUAUCUUUUGCGUGUAUGGUCGUGUACUGUAGUGAUUGUAGUCUGUUUAUUUGUGUUUGCAAUAAAUGACUUGUGUCAUUA